CAGAGGGCUUCGCUUGUAUGAAAGCGCACAGAAGAGUAACUUGGCGCUAGAUAGCUGGAGUUUCUUUCACAAGAAGGAAACUGCUACAAAGUUUAUUUUCCUAAUGGGCUGCGUUGCUCACACUUUCUGGUUGCUGAUCUAACGUCCCCAAAACAUUGGCGCCGGCAGAAGCAGCUAGCUAACGCUAACGCUAUCUAGCCAGCCUAGUUAGCUAGCUAGCUAACCUAAGUAACUCUGAGGUAGCUCUGCGUCUUCUGUCUGCUUUUUAAGACAGUGGUUGUACUGCUCGAUGGAUCUUCAAAUCCGUCAAUAUUUAAUAAAAGCAGGAGACAACAACGACCCUGUAGCGCUGAGGAAGGCGUAUGACACAGUUAAAAAUGUCACCUCAGGAAAGACGGCGUCAGAUAACAAGUAUUUUCUUCCUGAGCUUUAUGUAUUGUGUGCUGAGCAAGCUCUUCAGAUGGGCUGUAAGGAGAUCACAGAGGACUGCCUAACGAUGUACUUGGAGAGCAAGCCCCCAACUAAUCAGUUCCUGUGCCGUGCAUAUCUCUGUCAGGCUCAGCUGAAGUCACCACAAACUGUGGAUGAUCUGGAUAAGGCUGUGAUGUACUAUCUCAAGGCUAUAGAGGUUUCCAAAGACAAGCCUGGGUACCAUUUCCUCGUCUUCAACGCAUCACUCCUGUAUUUCCAGAGUGUGCGUGCAUUCCUGCGGCCAGGCUGGCGUCGGCACCUGGUCUCCUCUCUCACAGAGGUGCUCAGGGCUCUGGAGGUGGUGCAGGAGUCUGAUUAUGCUUGGCGCAGUGAACUCAUGCUACUCCUUGUUGAGUGCCUGUUGGAUGCAGGGAAAGAGAAGGAGGCUGCAGCUUAUGCCAAGGUCACUUCUGAUUUUAUAGAACAGCACAAACCUGAGCUGCAUCCUCGUAUUUUCUCCACACAGGUGCGACAUGACCUUAUAGAUGUCUCCAAAACACUAAAGAAAGCAAGUCCCAAACUGCGUGCCAUCUACAAAAUACAGAAGCUUAAGCAUGUAUCCAGCUCUACUGGAAGCAGGAGAGAGACCGCUGAGUUGAAGGAGAUUGUCCCCUUGCUGACUCAGUCAUCCCAGUCAACUGCAUCUCACACGUCUAGUCCUGGUCUGGAUGAUGGGUCUCCCAUGCCAUUAGCUGACAGGACUGACCUUCUGCUGGAGCUGGCAUUCCUCUCUCUACAGCUAAAAGACCACAGCACAGCAGCAGACUGCUUACGGGAGCUAGAGGCCACUGACAGCGCUACUGCAGGACAGCGCAUUAUGAUUGAGUGUGUUGAGUGUGAGCUAGCCCGUAACAAACAAAAACACAGGGCUGAGGAUUACACCAAAAUCAGUGUGGAGGCUCAGCUAGCAGCAGUAGGCCGACUGGAUGCUUUGCUCCAGAGGGCAGUGAAAGAGGGAGACGGUCAGGUGAUACAGUGUGUGUGUGCUGCUCUGUGGAACAGCUGUCUUCCUCUGCUCCAGCCCAACCUCCGGCGGAGCAUCAAAAGAGCACUGCUUACACUUGCACAUGCGCUGGAGGCCAUCAACAGCAUGCUGCUGGGUGUGCGGUGCCCCGUGCACGCUGAGCUGGCUGGGAUCGAGGAGGAAGAGGAGAGGUUGGAGCCUGCACUAAGACACCUUCACAAAGCACUGGCACUAGAUGAGAGAGCCCAGCACCAGCAGCGCCUGUCUUUCUCCCUGCACCUCCUACAGCUGCGCGCCAGCCUCCAUGGGGCCCCCGCACGCCAGGAGGACCAGGCUGCCAGGCUCAUUGAGCAGGCAAAAGAGGGGAGCAGCUAUGAACCAGUGAAGAAGUGGCGCCCCAUGUUGGUCAGUGCAGGUAUUGCUCUGGCACCUGUCACCUUCCAGAUGGCUCUGAAUGCAGAGCAUCCAGCUAAAGUCUCAGGCAGCAGACUCCAUGUGGAGGAGCUUGCUGCCAAGGCCCAACACCACUUGGCCUGUGAAGAUGAGGUGAAAGGUCACCUGGCCAGCCUGGACAGAGGCACCGAUGACAGAGAGAGGAUGAGGCUGUGGGCGUCUCUGGUCAAAGUUGCACGGAGACAGGAGGUGUGGGAUGUUUGCAGGGCAGCCUGCCGCUUCUGUCUCCUCUACGAUGAUGGAAGAUGGAAAAACAACUGUGAGCAGAUGUAUGAGGGAAGCCCAGUGGAGGGUAACCAGGGUGCUCGAGGACUGGCUCUGCAAGGUGACAGAGAGCUCCUGCGCCUGCUGGCUGAGGUCCACUUCAUCACUGCCGAGGCAACCAUACUUAAACUCCGUUCUGAGGGGGUGGAGCUUAAUGGUUCUCCAGUCCCACCUGUUGUGAGAGGAGCAUGCCCACCUGAGGUUGAUCCCCAGUGGACUGUAUACAGUGAUUGGAUCCAAAACAUGUCAGCCUAUGCUACAGCUAAUUUCCUGCGAGGUGCUGAGCUUGGGGCCGAGCUACAGGAGGAGUGGCUGGUGGCUAACGCAGCUGUGUACCUGUGGAACUAUAAUAGCCACAUGCUGGCCACCGGUGGGCAGCGCAUUCUCAUGCCCACGUUCUGUCGGCUGGUGGAGCUACUCAGACAGACAGGCCAUGCUGGGGAGGUGGUGCUUCUGGUUCUGCUGUGUGAUUCUGUGGCUCAGGGUAUCAUCCAGCCUUGGUGUGCGCCGCCUGGAGGAACCGGUCAGGACUGGCAGCAACAGGCUGACAGGGCAAAGAAAGGUGGAGGGAAGGGCUUGGAGAAAUUGUGCUCUACUCAUGGCAUUCCUCUGGAGGCAGCUGCUGUGCAGGACAUCAAGAAGGCAUUAGAGCUGUGUGAUUAUGCGCUGCGGCUGUCUAAUGGGAACGGGGAGAGGGUGCCCAUCAUGGUCAGGAAGCAGGUCAUUAGCUCAUGGGUGCGUACUAAACGCCUGCUGCAGCAGCAGAUUGGACCAAAACUCGACACUGAUGAUCAGAGUCAAAACAAGGCAGUGGCCGCCAUGUCCCGUGUGCUGGUUGGAGUGGAGAUGGUGUUGUGUAAUAGCAGCCCCAUGCUGUUGGAGUUCACUGUACCCAGUCUUGCUACGCUGGUGCGAAUGGCGUCAGACUGUAAGUGGCCUGAUCCGGUAGCGGCGCUAUAUGUGUGGUCUCAGCUUGCCCACUUUGCCCACCAGAUCCCGGAUCAUGACCUCAUCAUGACCUGUACCCAGAAUGCACUGCAGCUAGAGCAUGCUGCCAUUCAUAGCGCAAAGGUCACAGUGUGUACGCUGUACAGUGUUAGAGCAGUGCUGGAGAUGCUGAGCAGCGCCACGUGUUUGCGAGGACUGAGCAUGCUUCAUCAGUGCAGUGGCCAUCCUGCCAGUUACACAGGCGCGCUUGGCAUGCUCCAGUCCAGCAUCAGCUACGCUGAGCGGGCGGGCAGCUGGCCUCUGUGUAGGACUGCAGCUGGGCACUACUGGAACGCCUGCCUCCCUCAGCUAGCCACUCCUGAGUUUAGACAGCAGCUGCGGGAACCACUGGAGCUCAUCCUGAGGGCCCUAGCUCACACCUACCCUCGACCAGCCACCGAGAAGGACAAGGAGGUGAACAGUCAGAAGCAGACACAGACCUCAGUGCUGGACGCUGACAGCAGGGCUGGUGAUGACCUGGCAGUGAGAGUAGCCAUGUACAAUGUGCUGCUCCAUAUCUAUGCAGACAGUGGUGACUGGAAGGGUGGCCUGAAGCUCUUGGACCAGGCCAUCAAAGACAUUCCUCGCACCCCCCAUAGACUACUCCUCUAUAAGCAGCGGGUGCUGGUUAAAGCUCAGCUAGGAGAGAGCAUUGUGCUGGACGUGCAGAUGUGUUCAGAGGAGGGAGAGCUGGCCUGUGCUUUGAUGUGGCACCGUGUCGCUCUCUCCUCCAGAGACACCCAGCAGCAGCUGGCCUGCUACCAGAAAGCCAUCACUACACUACAGAGUACUGAUAAUCAAUGGCAGAAGGUGGAUAUCCUGCUGGAAUUUGGGCAGUGGCUGUACUGUAACCAUUUCCCUGUGGCUGACGCACAGCAGCAAAUUCAGCAAGCCAUAGACAUCCUGCUUGCCAGCUUGAAGCCCAGCAAGAACCUCGCUGGGGCCAGUGAGCAGAGAGGGACACAGCAGCCUCCUGAUACAGAGACCCCUGGGCAGCCCAAAAGUGUGAUGUCCGAAAGCCACCUGUCUAAGCUAGACGUAAAGGACGUCACGCCUGGGCUGUCUCUGUCACAGCCAAGGGUGGUGCGGCAUCUAGAUGGUCUGGUGCAAGCACACACACUCCUGGCCCUCACGGAGUCCAGAGAGUCUCCCCAACACCAGAAGAACCUGCUGCUGGCUCAUUGCUUUGUGGUGCAGAUCUGGCAGGUGUCCAUGGAAACUGCACAAGAAGUCAUCAAAGGGAUGCUGCCGAAUCCCCGUUUUCCUGCUCCACCUGUGUCAGCAGGCAGUACCAAAAAAGAAAAGGAGAAAAGCAAGACAUCUAAAGAGCCACCUCCUGCUGAGAAGAAGCCCAGAGGCUUGGUUUCUGACACCUCCCUGCCCUCCAGCCCAGAGGAGUGGGCACAGUUUGAGUGCCCUGAGGAGCUCCGUCAGGCUUUCAGACAAGACAGUGGCCCUCACACCAUCAACACCCACAGCAUCAGGGUGCAGAGCCGGACUCUGUUCUGCCUGGAUGUGCUGGUUAGGGAACUGGAGUCUGUUUUUCUGACCCCACUGACCCUGCCACCUCUGCACCUGGCUGAAGUUAUAGCCCAUGACCUCACACUCAGCAAGAGCCACUCUGACCUUUACCGCCUGAGAAUAGUGAAGACCUGUUGUGAUCUGGGGCUUGAGUCUUUAUCACCCUACAGAGAAACGUUACUGAGCUUGGCCCGUAUUCCUGAACAUGAACAGAUGGAGUGUCGAAAGGCAAUUAUUUUCCAGAGGGAAAAACAUAGAUAUCAAACAGAAUCUAAAACCACCAAGACCAAUGAGGCAGCUCCCACUCGGGCUGCUGCUGAAGGCAGCGGGUCCAGGAGGAAGCUCUCUGUCUGCUCCCUGCAGGAGCUGUGGCUGGACAAGGCUGCUGCAUGUCUCAGCAUGGGCCUUUACCAUCCUGCUAGGAGCCUGCUGGCUGAAGCUCGCCUGGUGGCUAAGGAACUUGGAGACCAAACAUCAUUGGCUAAGUGUUUUCACCUACUAGCUGUUCUGGCCAAUCACGAGCAGCAGCAUGGUCAAGCCCUUGCUUUAUUGGAGCAGGCUCAAGAGAUUGGUGGGGAUGACGACUUCUGGUACCAUCUCAUUCAGACCCUCCUGAACACCAUAGCAGAGAUUGGGGGAGAGGACACCUACACACAGGUGUGCCAGAUCACAGACAGAGCCGUGGAACUUCUUACAUCAGCACUGAAACAACGUCAGAAUCGAGCUCCAGUCCUCCAUUUCUACAUCGCAUCACUACAGGCCACAGGCGCGCUCCUGUGUCGUGGUACGCUGAUGCCUGCUUAUGACAGCCAGGCCAUUAACGCUGAGACAGUGGAGGCACUGAGCUUGCUGCGUGACACCCUGAAACAGAGUGCGGCGGUGCUGCUCCACCACGGCUACAGGACACACGCUGCACAUGCCACUCUCGAGCAGGCAAACACGCUGAGAAUGCUGGCCAUGCUCACUUCCACCAAGGAAGAGAAACAGGAGCACCUGCUCAUGGCCCUGUCACUCACGCAUCAGGCUUUGGCCAUUCAGGAAGAAGUGCUGUCCAGUUGCCACCGCCUUCUCUCACCUCAUGAGCAUGGGCGCUGUAGCCUACCUGCCCUGCGUGUGUGUGUGCGCUUUAGGCUGGCUCUGGUUGACCUGGCUCUGAUGGUAUUGGAGAUGCACUGUGAGGAGGCAAAGCUCCAGGCUGUAGCCAGCAGCAGUAAGAGCAGUGGUGAGAGAGCCGUGGAAGACUACCUCAGGAGCAGCAAGGACCGCAACGCUCUAGAAGAACAGUGGCUAACCAUGACUCAGUCACUGGGUCCCAUGGCUUUGACCCAGCUGUCUGUAAUUCAGUCUCUCUCGCUUGACUGCGUGGAGACCACAGCACGUUCCCUUGGCAUGCUGGGAAAGUGUCUGAGGCUAUCAGCUCUGCAGAAAGAGCCGCUCUACCCCAUUAGUAUGUGGAACGGACCAACAACGAGCGAGCAGAGAGCAGUGCAGCAGAUGUUGUCCCAGGCCAGUGAGACUCUGGCCCGGGCAGUGAGCAUGGCUCUUCAGCACCACCUCCCCCAGGUGCUAUCUCACGCCUGCCUCGACCUCCUGGAGUGCCAUGGGCAGGACGACCCCGCCACCUCUGGCCAGUACCUCGCCCUGCUCCAGAGCUGCGGGUGCUGUGCUGAGAUGGCCAACGUGCUGCACGCGGCCUGCUCUGACCGUGGUCAGUCUCAGCUGGCUGCGCUGCUGGGCUUGCAUAAGAGCCUGCAGGCCUCCACACAGCCCAGGGACAGCAGCCUGGUCUCAGGGGUCCACCACACGCUCCUCUCACUCUCCAAGGCGUACCAACAUGGGAUUGUAAAGCCCAAUCACCUGAGUCUUCUGGGAGAAAUGCCACCCCAUCUCAAAAUCCUGCUCCUGCAGCACUCUAACGACAGAUCAGUACUGUAUGCGGCUUUCUAUGAGAAAACAAAAGCCACGGAGAGUCAGAAAGGAAAGAGUUUGCAGACAGCAAGUGGGUUAGUCUGCACCAGAGUGGCUAAGGCUCAGGUCCAACCGUCUGUCCUGCUCCGGCUCCGAGACCAGGCCCAAGCCUUAAGACACCUGGCUACACACACCCAGCUCAAAGAAUCACGCAAAAACAGAACUGCAGCAGUGGAAGACCUUAACAUGCAGCUUGAAGGCACUGACACAGAGUUGAGUGUACAUUUUCAAGCCAUAGUAGAGGAAAUGGAGGACUAUCUGCAUCCUGUCCUCUCACAGUUCAGCCUCUCAUGCUUCAGCCAGCGUCCUCCAUCCAUCCCGAUAGAUGAGGCACCACGGCCCAAAGACAAGAUGGAGAGAGGCAACACAGACAAACCUCCGCCUGCAUCUUCUCCAGAGUAUGGGGAGAGCGUGGUGAUUUUAGCAGACAGGAUGCUGUUGGAGCUGCCAUUAGAGGCUCUGGCCAUUCUACAGGGCGAGGGAAUCGACUCAGUGUCACGGGACUUCUCCCUGCAGGUUUUCCACUCACGCCUCCAGAGAGAUGAGGCAGUUGAAAGUGACAAUAAAAAGGAGACCAAAAGUGGAAAGGCAGCCAAGGGGAAGGAAGAUCAAAGCAAAGCCAUCAAAGUGGCACCAGUGAACCGUGUCUUGCCUCCUCAUGCUCUCCCAGUAAACGCACACAACUUCAGAUAUAUUGCUUAUCCAUACAACGAUGGAGGAGAUAGUGAUUGGACCAAUCCAGCAGACAGAAUGAGGAAACUUCUAGAGUUAUACUCACCACAGUUCACAGCUACCUGGGAAGGGGUCAUUGGCAAUGAGCAUGCCUAUAGUCCUGCAGAACUGGAGCAUCUGCUAACAAACUGCAGUUCUUUUAUCUUCUACGGUGCUGAGCGCUUUCUUGCCUACAUCCCGCCUGCCAGACUAGCCACCUUUAACUUAACUGAAUGCCAGAUGGCUAUACUCUUCGAACUAGUUCACAUGGACACUAGUAUACUGCGUCAGUCUCAACAGAAUGCCCAGAAGGGUAAGACCCAACUGGCUCUGGAGGAACCAUUAGAAUGUGUGUAUCUGCUUACUCUCUGUGGAGUUCACUCUGUUCUGCUCAACCAGUGGUCCAGCAGUGCCAGGACUAAUGCUCGCAACAUAGCUGUCAUCAUGGAGAAUCUCCUGAAAACAGGACUGAUGUCUGGGCAGACUGUUCAUGCUUUACGGAUGAGUAUGACACAGAUCAAUAAAAAAGACGCUACAUACCCUGUGAGUACAGGGGCUGCACCAUGCUGGAGUUCACCCUCAGCUUUCAACUUCAUUAUCUAUGGGCUUCCUAAUUUAGUAGUUACCUGAAUGUCUGGAGAUGUUUCUGGAUUCAGUGUGGGGGAUUUAAUCCACUGCAUGCCUUGCAGUAAAGAAUGCUGAAAAUUGUCUAAUACCACAAUAUUUCUCCCAUGUCUGAAGACACUGAUGCAAACAAAUACCCACAUGGGCAGUUACUGUUUUCUCAUAAUUGUUGUUAUGUUGUUCUAACUCUUUUGCUGUGCAUGUCUUAUGGAUUGAUCUAUUGCUCCUAAUAAAUAUAAUCUUUGAAUAGAUUCCACUGUUUCAGAGGUUAUUAGAGGCAUUUGGAACAAAUGAAAAGGUUACCUUUAGUCAACUAUGCCCUGCCAAAAAGUAUUCCGGGAGAGUGUUGGGGAUUGUGGCAUGUUCAGUGGAGACAAAUCAUUAAAUGUGAAGUAGAAUUUAAAGCCUUUGUCAUGUCAAAGCUGAACUGUAUUUGUGCUGAGCCUUUUUCUAUUACAUUGACUCAGAAGUGUGUUCGAGCUUAUAAACUGAUUUACAACAUUUUUGAGAUGAUUACAUUGCUGAUUUACAGGUCAAUGUCAGGAACAUAUGAGUUGCCAUGUUACAUUUUUUUCUUAAUACCUUACUGGCUCUACUGACACUGUAAUAGAACAGCAUCUCCAUUCUUAGUUGUGGUAUGUAUUUGUUUUGUUCGUGGUUCCCUUUCUACUUUUGUCAAAGUUUGCUGUUUCUGUGCUUGACUCUUAUGUUCUA